AUGGCCGACGCUAACGAUCUCUACAAAGACGACCUCUACGGCGAUUUGGAUCUCGAAGACCUCGAUGCCACCCAGCUUGAAGAGCUAGUUGAACCACCCGAACUUGAUCCUGCUCCAGCCACAGCAGGUGGAUCAAGCUCGUCAGUUCAACAGGCUCAACCUUCUGUACCAGCAGUGGCCAAUCAACCUUCAACAGGUGAUUAUAUUGGUGUAUCCCAACAACAACAACAAGGUGCUUUCGGGAAUGAAGCCAACGUGGAUCAAGCUGCUUUGGAUAGGAUAAGACCCAGUGAUAUGCCUGAUGAGGGCAAGAUGUUCAUCGGUGGAUUGAACUGGGAAACAACAGAUGACGGUCUAAAAGCUUACAUGGCUCAAUUCGGUGAAAUCGAAGCAUGUACUAUCAUGAGAGAUCUAACAGGUAGAUCGAGAGGAUUCGCAUUUUUGACUUAUAAAAGUUCGGAAAGUGUAAAUAAGGUAUUGGAUAAGACUCAUACCUUAGAUGGUAAACAGAUCGAUCCUAAACGAGCAAUUCCUCGAGCAGAACACGAACGAACCGCCAAAGUAUUUGUCGGAGGAUUAGCUCCAAGCGUAACUGGCGAAUCUCUCAGAACAUUCUUAACUCAAUUCGGACCUGUAAUGGAUGCUACGGUAAUGUUCGAUAAGGAAACUACCAGAUCUAAAGGGUUCGCAUUCGCUACGUUUGCGGAUGAAGAGAGUGUACAGAGAGCCAUGGAUAGUAGUGGGAUCGAAUUGGAGGGUAAAGCUAUCGAAAUCAAAAGAGCUCAACCUAGAGGGGCAGGUACUCAACCUGGUAAAUUCACUUCCGGACCAUCUGGUGGACAUAAUCGAUAUGGAGGAGGUAACAACAACAACAAUCAGUUCAAUAAUGGUGGUGGUAUGAAUAUGGGUAUGGGUGGAAUGGGUAUGGGUAUGGGAGGUUUUAACAAUAAUGUUGGAGGAGGUGGAUUCGAUCCGAAUGCUAUGGCUAUGAUGUAUCAAAAUAUGAUGAAGAAUAAUGGUAUGGGCUCAAUGAUGGGUGGAUUCGACCCUUCAUCAAUGGCAAUGAUGUAUCAGAACAUGAUGAAAUCCAUGUCAUCCGGCAACCCUGGCGGAGCAGGUGGUGUUGGAGGACAGGGAAACGUACCGGCCAUUAACCCAAAUAUGGCAAUGAGGAAUCCAAUGAUGGGUAUGGGUAUGGGUGGAAUGGGAAUGGGAGGUAUGGGAGGUAUGGGAAUGGGUAAUAUGGGUAUGGGAAUGGGAAUGGGUGGGAUGGGAAUGAAUAAUAUGGGUGGUAAUAGGCAAGGAGGCUCAAUCAGACCUAUCCCUAAUGCACCUCGCGGUCCAGCAGCUAUGCGAUCAGGUCCAUCGGGAGGAACAACCCCUCAAUCAGGUUCAGGUGGGAGUGGCAAUGGUGCGCCCACCGGUCCAGGUGCUCAGAGAUAUUCUACUCAAGGUUCAGCAAGAGCUAAACCUUACUAG